AUGCUCAAUUCCAAUUCCAAGAAGAGUUAUCUGAUUAAAAUUAUCUACAGGAUACCCCAGCAUCUCAACUCCAACGAGGUGACCCUGAAGGUGGAACUAAGAAAAUGGCCAUCCCGCGACUCGCGGAGGGAGCUGAGUCUGCUUUCACGUCUCCUGGCCGGUUUCACCGCCGCCAUGUUCGCCGAGCAUGCGAGUCUUGCAGACAACGAAAGACCAAAUGCACCGGGGAUAAGUCUGGAUGCCGCAACUGUCGAGAGGCUGGAAUCAUCUGCUGUUAUACCGAUGGCAAACGGGAGAAGUCCAAGCGCAAGCUUGUCUGCAAAAGUGCAGGCAUACGAAGAUGUCAUCAGCAAGCUGAGCAAUCGCUUCGGCGUCUCUGAUGAGCAGCUCGUUAACAUUGCCUUGGCAGCGGAGUCUGCACCUGACGUGGCAUUGGAUCCAGAAACAUGCCUCGGAGCAGCUGGUGAGCGAAGAAUCUCAUGGCAUACUGGUUCUGAGCCACCGCCCUCCCGAGCAUCGUCUAUCACUCCUAUGGAAUUGGGCGACCAGACAGAGGAGGACUUCAACAGAGAUGAAACCGCCCGAGCAACAGGAUUCAUUGGAAAGAGCUCAGAGAUCACUUGGCUCCAAAGACUCAGCAAAGAGGUCAAUAGCGAAUGCGAAGCUUGGCCUGGAACGAUUCCCAGAACAGAUGACGACAACAGUCUGCCCUCCCCGACCCUGACCCCUCGACCGGAGAAUUCAAGCGAGCCAUGGGUGGUAGCUUCAAAUUACUAUCUUGACGACCUGGAUAUUCCAACUGCAGAUCAGAGUGAUAUGUAUGGCGUCCCGUCGCGGGAGACAGCAAGCAAAAUGCUCAACGCCUAUCUGACGUCGGUGCAUCCUUCCUUCCCAAUCAUUGGGGUCUCGACAUUUGUGCCCCAAUUCCAGGUCUUCUUCAGCCAGCCUUCCCUCAAGCCGGGCAAUAAGUGGCUUGCUAUUCUGAACCUCAUCUUUGCCAUUGCUGCAAAAUACGGACUUCUGACGAACUCGGACUGGAAGAAAGAGGAUGAUGAUCAUCAGAUGUACUUCUCGAGGGCACGGGCGCUGAGCUCAGAAGAUCAGAUUCUUCACCAUCCCGAUCUACAGCAAUUGCAAGUUGAAGGGCUUACUUCGUUCUAUCUGACUGCAUCGGGACACAUCAAUCGAGCCUGGAAGCUAUGCGGAAGUGCUAUUCGAGGGGCCCUUGCUCUUGGAUUGCAUCUGCGCAAUGUGGGCGCGAGCAUCUCAGACACCUCCAAGGAGAUCCGCUAUCGGGUGUGGUGGUCGCUAUAUACACUGGAGCAUCUACUUACCAUCAUGACUGGGCGACCAUCAUGUGUCACUGACAGCUCUUGCACUACGCCAAUGCCCAUUCCAUUUGAUGAAUGCGACUUCCAGAAAGAAGAGGUUGCUCGGCUGAUGGGCACAGCUGUACUCCGUACGUCCAGCCUUUUGGAACGAGUGCCCACCAACAGCAACCCAGAAGACCUAGAGUCUACAGCUGGUUCUGAGUCAAACGAUGUGCCUACUGAGAGCGAGCCAAAGAUGAGUCGAGCCGAGUAUCUCAAAAGCCUUCCGCCUUGCACUUCACUUUACUUCCUACAGCUGGCCUCUUUGACUAGCAUUUCCAAGCGGAUGACAGUGAAACUCUACAGCCCAGAAGCACUGCAGUCCCCAUGGGCAAGCACCGAAUUCACCAUCAAGAGCCUGAUGCUGGAAAUCGAUUCAUGGUUCAUGAACCUUCCCGCGGCAUACGAUUUUACCUCGACACAGACUUCCCAAUGCCCCAUAAGCCAGCGAAUGGGUCUCGCGUUCUUGUUCUACAGCAUCAAGAUCGGAAUCACCCGGUCAUGUCUUUGCCGCUUAGAUCAAUCACCUACCGAGGAUGACAAGACUUAUGAGUUCUGCACCAAGACUGCAGCAGAAUGUGUCGAGGCUGCUUGCCAUAUGCUUACACUAUUCCCGGACACCCCAGACGCAGUACUGCUCUACCGCAUGUCGCCAUGGUGGUGUACAUUACACUACCUGAUGCAGGCAGUUACUGUCCUCCUACUUGAGCUGGCAUUCCGGGCCCAACACGUCCCCGAAAAAGCCACAAUGGUGUCUAAAGCUGCCAAGAAAGCCCUGGACUGGCUGUCGGCGCUGUCGAAAACCAACAUGGCAUCUGAGAGAGCUUGGAAGUUAUGCGACGGGUUCCUCCGUCGUAUGGCACCACGCAUCGGAAUCAACGUGAACGAUUUCCCCAGAGCCGAAGAGUCAGACUCUCUAUUUGAUGUUCCUGGCACCGCAGACUCGACAGAAGAAGCGCCGGCGGAUGAUGUGGCAUUCGAUCCAUCUGCGAGUAUUCCUGCAGACGUCGCAGUCGACGCUAUUUCCGCAGAGCUGGACCCCAUCGCCUGUUCGCCAAUGGGCAACCCCGACCCUUCGUCUCUCGACAUGCAAGAACCCUAUGGUCUUGAGGCGCCGGAUCUACUCGGGCAGUUCAUUAAGCAGGAGAAGGAUCUCUCGGGCUGCAACUCGUAUGACGAGUGCUUCCCAUACGACCCUGCCACCGGUCAGAUUACUGGUUCUUUCUUCCCAUCUGGUCCGAAUAUGGAACUUGAUAUGGGUUAUUUCUGGGGUGAUCCGGUGUGUUGA